AUGGGGGGUGCUGCUGGAGUUUUUCAUAAUGCCUCUGGUGCUUGGGUAUAUGGUUUUACUAAACCAUUGAGCCACAAAGAUGUUCUUCACGCUGAACUGCUUGCCCUAUACCAUGGGCUACAACUCGCCCAUCAUCACAAUUUACGAUCCUUACAAGUGAAAACGGACUCUCAGGAUCUCCAGGUGAUUCAGCUACAACACACAUUUAGGGAAGGCAAUACUGUGGUCGAUGUACUAGCCAAGCAUGGGAAGACAACCAAAUAUUUCCAAUCUACUGAUGUUAUCCUUUUUGAUGCACCACCUUCUUGUGCUUUACCACUUUUAGCUAAUGAUGUAAUAGGAACUGUAACUCUACGUUCAGCUCCAAACCUUGUACUGCACUAG